CGUAUAUUUGCUGACCGGUGUCGUACAAUUUGCAGAAUCAUUAUGGCGACUGUUCUGGGAGACACUGCGGGAUUAUAUGAAGAUUUGAAAACUGAAUGGAAUCAGAAAAAUCCGAAUUUGAACAAAUGUGGCGACAUUUUGAAUGAACUGAAGAUCUCUCUGCUGGAAUUAAAUUUUUUGCCAACUUCGGGGACCAAGCUUACCGAACAGCAGCUGAUAUUAGCGCGUGAUGUUCUGGAGAUUGGCGCACUAUGUGGUAUCCUCAAGAAAGAAAUCCCUUCCUUUGAGAGAUACAUGGCACAACUGAAGUGCUAUUACUUUGACUACAAAGAGGAGCUGCCAGAGUCGGGCUACAUGCACCAGCUGCUGGGGCUGAACCUGCUGUUCCUGCUCUCCCAGAACCGCGUGUCAGAGUUCCACACCGAGCUGGAGAGGCUGAGUGCCCGGGACAUCCAGACCAACGUCUUCAUCAGGCACCCCGUGUCCCUGGAGCAGUACCUGAUGGAAGGCAGCUACAAUAAAGUCUUCCUGGCAAAAGGAAACAUCCCGGCUGAGAGCUACACAUUCUUCAUAGACAUUCUCCUGGACACGAUUCGGGAUGAAAUUGGCGGCUGCAUCGAGGAGGCCUAUGAGCAGAUCCAGUUCACUGAAGCCCUGCGCGUCCUCUUCUUCUCCUCCUCUGCCAAGAUGGCCGACUACGCCAAGAAGAGGGGCUGGGCUCAGGGCUCGGACGGCUGCUUCUCGUUCCGCUCGCAGCAGAAGCAGCGCACAGAGGAGCUGUGCAUCCCCUCCUCACAGCUGGCCCAGCAGGUCAUCGAGUACGCCCGGCAGCUGGAGAUGAUCGUCUAACAGAGACACGUGCACGUACAGUACACACACACACACACACACACACGCACACACGUGCGCAAACACACUUCCACACACGUGCACUGAUGAUUGAAACGCCUGGACAGGCUCACUCAGAGCUGUCCUGUCAGAACUACCGACAUCACCCCGGCCUUCGUCCUCCAUGAUUCCAGAGACCACUGCUAACGUUCACCCCGGAGGCUGGACUGUUCAAACCUCCGUGCUCUACACCCAGAUCGCCUUGACUUUGUGUGACAGCACAGUAGACAAACUUGCUCUAAUACUUUGAUAUUCAUUUGCUUACAUCUUACAAUUUUCUUCUUUUUAAAUAUGAUUAUUAGUGUUUCUUUGGCACGUGCUUGUGUGGCCGUAGCAGCCGGUAGACUGCCCCAGCCCCAUUCGGAGCUGGACUGCUCAGAGGAAACUCUGGUACACAGCAGUGCCAUCCUGACACAGCUUCCUCUGCUUCUUCAGUUUGGGGGGAAUUUAGUGCCUAAAUGCGGGGGCCUAACAGCUGUGCAGAUCUAGGCUUAGCAACUAGGCUACGGGCCACCCCAGGCUGUAGUUUACUUCAGAACUCGCACCUGUUUUGUGAACUGCAAAACAAUUGAUGCGUGUUUUUUGCAUUGCAAAAAUACAAAUCCUGUUACUCCGUCUGUGAUCUGCUCCACAAUUGGUUAUGAGCUACUCUUCCUCUAUUGGCUGUGGAUAACUUAAUUUUGAUUGGUGCGUUACACAUGGAUUUUUUCCGCUCUUGCACAUGGAAAUUUGUAUUGCAAUUGAUUUGUAGUUUGCAAUCGAGAUCGGUAAAACAGAAUUUCUAUUUUUGUGAUGCGCAAGACACGUGUGUAUUUUCUAAAAUGUGUGUAAAUAAUAUUGGCAUUUAAUCCAUAUCCAUAUUUAAGGGAUUCUAAAGAAAGAAUAAGACUGACACAAGGUCUGAGUCGCCUUACCCUGCAGGGACUUCGGAAACAAGUGUCUACCAAUCACCGUUGGCCUUGCUCUUACUAACACUCAUUAUGAUUGGUGCAGCUCCUCUCUGGGUUCUAUCUGAAAGGUGGUAACCACAGAGUGUUCUAUGGUGACGAAACCAACGUCCUGUCCCUACUUUAUAGUCAGGGAAACCAGCAGUUCCUUGUUAUUCGCUCUCGUGUUGUUUGCAGAAUCACUCCAUUCCCAUGCCCUUGCCUUGUAUCCUAGCAACUGGCAAAGUGAAUUGCUAUGAGUUUUUUUUAAAUAGUUUUUUUUGUUAUUAUAAUUUUUUGCCCCCUCCAAAGAAAGGUAAUACUUCAGAUGAUCUGCAACCAAUAUUUAUUUCUGAGGUUCACGUGGCUGUAAUGUGAGAAUUGAAAUAAAAUAAAAGUUUUUCCACUUCCUGUCAA